CGGCGUACGACGUUGGUACUUGGUACAUCGUACAACAACAUCCGUAGUAGGCCUGAUCUUUAUCUUCCAUUACAAUUCUAUCUAAUUUGAAAUGUUCUUAUCCAGUAUCGAGUAAUUCUAUAUAUAUAGUGAUCCCUCUACUACAUUUUCACUCCAUUCACUCUUCCCACCAUAUCAAAAUUUUGCUCUCGCCUCAAUAUAAUCCUUCAUCAUUAUGGUUACCGCAGGACAAAUACGUACGGUUGUUGGUGUAAUCGGGAAUGUUAUUUCCGGCUGCCUCUUCCUCGUACCUAUUAAAACAUUUCUGGAAAUCCGGAAGAAGAAAGAUGUGGAGGGUUACCAAUUUUACCCUUACGUUGCGACGGUGUUGAAUUGUAUGUUGUGGGUGUUUUAUGGCCUUCCGGUUGUGAAGCCCGACAGUCUCCUUGUGAUCACCAUCAAUGGUGCGGGUCUCGUCAUUGAAUUACUUUACGUAGCAAUCUACUGCGCUUAUGACCGCCAAAACAGAUCAAGAAAAAGAAUUGGAAUUUUUCUUUUGGGAGAAGUACUUUUCGUGGGUGGACUCGCGCUAUUCACCCUACUUUGCAUCCGAAAGCUGGAAAAUAGAGCUUUUGUUGUAGGAAUUUUCGCUGAUAUCUUCAACAUCAUGAUGUAUUCUUCACCAUUACUCGUCGUGAAAAAAGUUUAUGAAACAAAAAGUGUAAAAUAUAUGCCAUUUUGGCUCUCAUUGACUUGCUUCGCAAAUGGGUUGUGCUGGACAUGCUAUGCUCUUAUCAAAAGACUUGAUGUUUUCCUCCUGAUUAGCAAUGGUCUAGGAGCAAUAGCCGGAGCGAUUCAACUGAUAGUGUAUGCUUACUAUGCUUGGAUCUACAAACGUCCGGCUGAUGAUAAACCGGCAGAGGUUCAACUCCCGGCAUCAAGAGUUUAAUUAAAUAUUAAAUAUAUGUAUUUGCCUACAUUCAGCAUCUAGGGUUUCAAAUUUUCCGGUUUAUGUUAAUUAUUUAAUUUUUUUAGGGUAUGGUAAGUGUUUUGUGAGACCGAGAUAUAAUUGUCCAUCCAAGAUACAUUUUAUUUUUUUUAAUAAGAAGCGUUUUUUUAAUUUAUUACCAA